AUAAAUAUAUGUUUAUAUACAUAUAUUACAUAUUUAUGUACAUAGAAAAAACAAGGACACUUACAUGUUGUUCAUAGUUACGGGAUCUGUUAAAACCAAUCAGAAUUGGGGUGCUAAAAAUGUACGAAAAAGUUCAUUUGAUAAGCCAGUUCCUACAUGAACUGAUGAAAUGUUCAUGUAGUGAACAUCAGUUAAAAACAUGUUGUUACUAUUGUAUUAUGAAAUAACUAAAGUUUUUCGUCAGGGGUAGGUAAAUUAAAUAUGGUAAGAUGCAAUCACAAAAAUAUCUUCAGCUAACAUUGGCAAUAAUUAAGCCACAUAUCGUUAAAUCUCCCUUUGUGCUUCAGAAAAUUCGAAACUUAAUAAUUGACAAUAAUUUCAAAAUUGUCAGAUCACGCAGGUCAAUAAUCACACAAGCAGAUGCAGAAAAAUUUUAUGGAGAGCACAAAGAAAAAUUUUUUUACAAUCGUCUUUUGACAUUUAUGUGCAGUGGCCCAUCUGAUAUUCAUAUCUUAGCAGAUUAUGAUGCUAUUGCUAAAUGGAGACAAUUAAUGGGUCCCACAAAAACAUACGAAGCACAAUAUAUUGCUCCUGAUACAAUUCGAGGAAUGUUUGGUCUCUCGGAUACAAGAAAUGCAACACAUGGAUCUGAUUCAGUUGAAUCUGCCAAAAGAGAAAUAUCGAUACUUUUCAAGGAUUUUGAUUUGCAAAAAUGGUAUGAAAAUGAAGAAAAAUAUUAUAGUUUAGGACAACUUCAAUUUGAUCCAAAAGCAUUUGUACAUAUUAUUGAUAAAAAUUUUGUAGACAUUAAUAACAAAAUUACAAAAUGAGUAAUGUAAAUGAUAUAUAGUACUGUUUUGUAAGUUUGUAGUCAUUCUAGAAAAUUGUAGAUGUUUUUUCUUGUUUAUAUCCAAAGAAGAAACAAUCCUCUCAAUAACACAUUUGUCGUUUCCAAGUAGCUAUUGCCUUCUUAUUUCUGAAUAUUGAAGAUACUUGAAUGACAUUUAACUUACAAAACAAUAUUAUGGAAUGUUUAAUAAGUGUUUGUUAAUAUAGAAUUUUAUUUAUUAGUUAUGUACAG